AUGUUGAGCACGGCACUACUAAAAAUCCUAUUGCAACCAGAAACAGUUUAUGAACGUGUACAAUUUCAAUUUGAGGAAGAUGCAUUCGAUGCUGUUCCUGACCUCAUCACGUUUUAUGUUGGUUCUGGUAAGCCCAUUUCGGCAGCAUCAGGUGCACGUAUACAAUUUCCAUGUAAUCGUACAUAUCCGCUCUCAUUUUAUGGCCACAAAAUAGUUGGAAACCAAUUGCACACACAAAUGUUAGCAGGCAUUCGGGGGACAAGUCCACUAAACUCACCACUUAGCAAUAACAGUAGCUUCCGGUUUGGUACAACAGCCGUACAACAAAUGCAACAACAGCAGGGACAACAGCACCAACAAACUAAUAGUCCAAUGUCUUCGCCUCCACGCGUUAAACGUGAUAUACCACCGCGCUUACCCUCGAAGAAGCAACGUUCACAAAGUCUCACACCGGCUCAAGCCAUGGUUGUGUCGAAUAUGAAGCAUUGUGAUAGUGGUGAUGAGAGCAAUAAUGGUGAUGCCAUAAUAAAUGGUAAUAGUGUUAGCUUUAAAGGCGUACGCCGUUUUAGUAACUUCGAGAAGUGUAACAGUCUUGGUGGGUCACCAAGUGAACAACAAUUGCAAACCGCACAUUUAGAACAUAUAAUGUCACACAAUAAAAUUCACAGUAAUGGCUUCCAAACUAUAGCACGUUGUUCGGCAAGUGAGAUAGUGGACCAUGUUAAGUUCACCACUCAUUCACUGCCACGACCUGCGACAAACUCUUUUCGUACGAAUACGACACGCAUAUCUGGUUUAGCACGUGACUUUAGCACUGAGUCUAGUUCCAGUUUAAACACCAGCUUAGACGGUAAACAAAUUCCAGAGUUACCAGAAAAAGCACCAAGUCCGCCUCCAAAACCAAAUCGUGUACCGCCGACUUUGCCACGCAAAGAAAAAGAUAUAAUAACACUGGAACAACAACAAAAUUCUUUGCAUCGAGCAGCUGCAGCAGCAGCUGCCGCUGCUGUUUACCAGGCAAGCGGUUCAGAUUCAGGCAACGGCUCAGGGGAUUCAGUACAAAGUUCGAUACCGGGUGAUAUGAGCGAAUUUACGUUACACCGUGGAGUUAUUAUUAAAAAUCCACGCUUUAUGAGUAACUCUGCGUCUUCUGCAACACUAAAAAGUCUAACCGAAUUCGACGCUGCUGCGGCGGAAGAUCAAUUAUUUACUUUGGAAAUACCCAAAUUUAAGCCUGUUUCGAAAUUUGAUAUUGAAAAUUUCAGCACAUUGCUGCUACCAUCUGUGGACAAUAAGCCAUUAGAUGGAGAUGCGUUAAGCACAUUCAAAAUGAUGCUAUUAGAGACUGGCCCCAAAAUGAUAGCAGAACACAUAACACGCAUUGACAUAAGUUUGCUACUCGAAGAGCUGCCUGAAGAGGAUGAGAAUUACGAGCAUAAUGUAUUAGAUUGCUGUGGUCUAGAAAUGCUAACUCUACCACAGGGUAAGGUCUUCCGACACGACCUCAUUGAGCGUACACAAUGUAUUAAGCUAAUGGUAGCUGUAACAAUACUUACAUGUCAAACUGAUUUGGAUCGUGCUGAAAUAUUAAGUAAGUGGAUACAAAUUGCUGUUGAAACAAAAACAGCCCUAGGUAACCUAUUCGGAUUUUGUGCCAUAAUGUUAGGAUUGUGCAUGCAACAGAUACAAAAACUGGAUCAAGCAUGGCAUAUUUUACGUCAAAAGUACACAGAUAGUGCAUUUACAUUCGAGGCGAAACUGCGACCAACUUUAAUAAGCAUGAAUGAAUGUUCUAACCCACAAGCACCAAAUACCACCGUUCCACACGUACUUCUCUAUGCUUUACUCAAAGAUCGGCAAGUAAUCGAUAUACUAAAUAUUAAUAGCACGAUUGAGAGGUCGUCUUUGUACAUGACCUGCAUUACAUCUUGGGAGAAUAAAGCUGAUGAUUUUGGCAUGUCUAUUAAUUUUCUUCAUUUGGAUUCAGCUCGAAAUUUUUUAGCGAACCUGACACUCUUUCGAAAAAAUGCUAAAAUUGUACUAGAGGAAUCCAAUUCACGUUUGGAUGAACUACUUAGUGAUGCGUUUAGAACCGAGUUCCACGUCAAAUUCCUUUGGGGUAGCAAAGGGGCUUUAGCGGCGUCAGAAGACCGUCACUCCAAACUAGAAAAGGUGCUAUCAUUAAUGGCUGAUAAGUUCUGUAACGUCGAUGGUAAUACAGCAGCAGCAUAAACAUCCUUCAGUUAUGUAAAUAGAAAAAAUUAAUUCCAUUUUUAUAUAUGCAAAAAAGAAACCAAAUCCAUUAGUAAUAUUACGCAUUAAGAAAGAUCUACAAUAUAAAUAACUACAAUAAAUCAAGUAUAAAUUUAUACAUGAUAUGAAUUUAUAUAUAUAGUAUAUACAUAUACAGCAAAAAUCAAAAGAUCUAUU